AUGCCUUCCCGCUACCUCAACGCCGAUGAAAGUGAGAUUGUGGAGAUCGCUAACGAACCGGCGAGCGGUAUUCCCUACUUCACCCCCAAGCAGACUCCGACGGCGGGCACCGCUCUCGUGCCCGCGUCCCAAGACCCUCAGACACCCAAGCUGUUUACGCCGCUGCGUAUUCGAGGAAUUGAGCUCCAGAACAGAAUUCUGCUCUCUCCUCUCUGCCAAUAUUCAGCCGAAGAUGGACAUCACACUGACUGGCACUUUGCUCACCUGGGUGGCAUCAUCUCGCGUGGACCCGGCCUCUCCUUUGUGGAAGCCACUGCGGUCACAGCUAACGGCCGGAUCACCCCAGAGGAUUCAGGCCUCUGGAAAGACUCGCAAAUCGGCCCGUUGAAGAGGAUCGUGGACUUUGCUCAUAGCCAGGGCCAGUUGAUCGGAAUCCAACUCUCGCAUGCGGGCCGGAAAGCGAGCACUGUUGCCCCGUGCCAAGCUUCUGGACUAACCUCUGCCUUGCGUUUGGAACAGCGUCAUGGCUGGCCAGACGAUGUGGUUGCCCCGAGUGCGAUCGCCUUCAAGGAUAAGAACAUCAUUCCUCGGGAGUUGUCUCACGGCGAGAUACGAUCCUUGGUCGAGGCUUGGGGUGAAGCGGUAAAGAGAGCGGUCCGUGCCGGGUUCGAUGCAAUCGAGAUCCACGGUGCGCAUGGGUACCUUAUUCAUGAAUUCCUCUCCCCCGCAUCCAACAAACGAACAGACGAAUACGGGGGAAGCUUCGAAAACCGAAUUCGCUUGGCCCUCGAGCUAGUUGACAUCUCUCGGCAGCAUAUGACUCCGAACAUGCCUCUCUUCUUCCGCGUGAGUGGUACUGACUGGCUGGAGCACCUGGAGAACGAACCCAGCUGGGACGCGAGCCAGACAGUCCGGUUGGCGGAGGUUCUGGUGGAGCACGGGGUGGAUGUCCUUGAUGUAUCCAGCGGAGGGAAUGAUCCUCGGCAGCAGAUCAAGGGGGGCCCAGCCUACCAGUCCCCCUACGCAUUCCAGGUGAAAGAGGCUCUGGGUGAUCGUCUUCUGGUGGCAUCCGUUGGGGCCAUCACCUCCGGUCCGCAGGCUAAUGACCUUUUGAACGCGGGUCUCGAUAUGGUCCUCAUCGGCCGCAUGUUUCAGAAGAAUCCAGGCCUGGUGUGGACGUUCGCUGAAGAGCUCAAUGUUGAUGUGAAGGCAGCCCAUCAGAUUCACUGGGGACCUAAUCCUGCUUGCCAAGGACAAAGAGGUUACUCGCAAAGUGGCUAUCAAGAUGCUUGCAAUAUUCAACCACAGUUUGAACUGUUGUAG